UUCAAGAUGGCGUCGCCCAGGGCGCUGCGUUUGUUGGUGCUUUUGCUGUCCUGGUCCUUGGCCGCCGCGAUGCGCGGCGACCCGCCUGCGCCACUGCCGCUGGUGCUCUGGCAUGGGAUGGGAGAUAGUUGUUGCAACCCGCAAAGCAUGGGUGCUAUUAAAAAAAUGGUGGAGGAAAAAAUACCAGGAAUUUACGUCUUACCUUUAAAGAUCGGGAAGACAGUGAGGCAGGACAUGGAGAACAGCUUCUUCAUGAAUGUCAACACCCAGAUCUCCUUAGUGUGUCAGAUUCUUGCUGAGGACCCGAAAUUACAACAAGGCUACAAUGCCAUAGGAUUUUCCCAGGGAGGCCAGUUUCUGAGGGCAGUGGUGCAGCGAUGCCCAUCUCCCCCUAUGGUCACACUCAUCUCAGUGGGGGGACAGCAACAAGGUGUUUAUGGACUGCCUCGAUGCCCUGGAGUGAGCUCUCACAUCUGUGACUGGAUCAGAAAGACACUAAAUGCUGGGGCUUAUUCUGAAAUCGUUCAAGAACACAUGGUGCAAGCAGAAUACUGGCAUGACCCCAUCAAGGAAGAUGUGUACCGCAAUCACAGCAUCUUCUUGGCAGAUAUUAACCAGGAGAGAGAAGUCAAGGAGUCCUACCGGAAAAACCUGAUGGCCCUGAAGAAAUUUGUGUUGGUGAAAUUCCUCAACGAUUCCAUUGUGGACCCUAGGGAAUCUGAGUGGUUUGGCUUUUACAGAAGUGGACAAGCCAAGGAAAAGAUUGCCUUACAGGAGACCCCACUAUACACUGAGGAUCGCCUGGGGCUGAAGAAAAUGGACCAAGCAGGACAGCUCGUUUUCCUGGCUUUGGAAGGGGAUCAUCUCCAACUACCUGAAGAAUGGUUUUAUAAGCACAUCAUACCCCUCCUUAAAUAAUGCCUUGACAGUUGUCUCCAGAGCUCAGGGAGCCCCCAGUGCUUCCAAACCAGUGACAGACAGAAACGGUCAUGCCUCAGCUCCAGUCUAGUCUGCAGUUAAUUUUCUCUCAAGUUAUCAUCUAGCAUGCCCCACUUGGAAAGCUCUGAGAUACUUAUCUUAUCCUUUACCUCAUCCUAUCUGCAGUUGGUGUUGAAUGCAAGUUUAAUUAGUUAAAACCUAUGGGAGAUUGUUUUACAGACCUUGCAUUUAGUAAAGUUGUUUAGGAAAUUAGUCCUCUCCAGGUCAGUGUGAGAACUGUGCCUGGGCCCAGAAGUUUGAAAAAAACCUCAAUGAGAUGCUAAGGACAAACACACCCACACUUCAGACUGAGAAAGCCAGCACAGAGGCCUGCGUAUGUUACCUUUCAGAAUCUUGGCAUUUUUUAGAUAUACCUCACCAAAUAUCGUUUUUCCUUGGUUGCAUUGCCUCUUAACAGAGCAUUGAAUUACUCACCAGAAGGAAGUAGCACCCUAUAGGAUUGCUUAAGGAGGGCAAAAUGCUUGCUUAACUAAGGGUGAAGAAUUAUGCACAAGUAAAAACGAAAAAUAAGGCAGUUGAUUCUUUCCAUUCCAUCCUUGAUAAACCCAGCUUUUCUAAGUCUGACUAUUGAUCUAAACCAGAGGUUCUCAAACUUAUUAGGAAAUUGCUGUGUCCUCCAAAUCUGCCUCUUGAGGCAACAAAGUGUCCCUAGGUUCCAUCCAAAGCUACUAAUGCCUCCCCUAAGAGGUCUAUCAAGACUAGGAAAACUAGUCUUGAUUCUUAAGUGUCUAUUGCCAGUGACAGAAAAGGAUGAGAAAGGAAAUGUGAAGAGAUCUGACUUUCUGAUUUUCAUUCCUCCAAGGUCUAUUUACUAGCAGAAGGGGAACUCUUGGUAUGUUCUGUGAAAGAAAAGAGUAUGUGUUCCCAAAACUUAGAAGACUUCUGCAAAUCAUUACCUCCCUUUAGAGAUCCCCCAUGUUUUAACCCUCAAGGUUAGACCAUUAAGGAUCACAAGAUACUGUCACCGUAGAAAAACUAACCCAACUUAACAGUCCCCACACUUGAGCAUGGAUGUCACACUCCCACAUCAUAAAAACGUGUAGAAUGCCAGUUUGGGGCAAUAAUUAGCUAUGUUUUGCUUGCUUUGCCCUUCAUUUUUCCUUCACCCCUCUUAAGUUUUAUUUUUCAGUUAGAGAGAUCAUGGACAAAAAGUAGGGAGAAGUCAAAGUUUCUUACCAUUGUUUUUUCCUUCCCCCUCCGCCCAUGUUUUUACAUUUCUAUAUUUCAAAUAAAGAUAAAUACUAGCCACA